UAAAAAUAUCCCUCGAAAAAUAACGGAGAAAGUCUCUCGGAAUCUGAGACCUCCCAAAAUAUCCACCAACCCACCGUCUCCAGUUGAUCAAAACCCUAAUAAUUCCCCAACCAUCCUUCUAACCGCGGAUGGGGGAAGAAGCCGAUGCUAAGGACUACGAUAUGGUGGCCGGAGACAGCGAAGGAGACGAGGGGCGAGUCCUCGAGUGGGAGGUCGGCCUCCCGAGCGCCGACGACCUCAUCCCGCUAUCCCAGUCCCUGAUCUCGCCCGAUCUCGCCUACGCCUUCAGCAUCGCGCCGGAGCCCGCCCGCACCUUGCUCGACGUCUACCGCGCCUCCCAGAGCACCGUCUCAACCCUCCGCCGCCACCCCACCUCCUCCUUGGCGGCCGCCGCCCUCAAUUUCUUCUCGCCCUUUCCCUCUCCUUCCUCCGUUGCCACUGAUGACCCCGUCGUUUUCGAAGGUGAAGGAGACGACGCCGAGAGUGGAACCAUCGCCACUGUGGCUAUCGCUGGCGUAUCCUCCUGCCUCCCAACGGAGGAUCCCGGCGACGAGCACUCCAGCCGGGCCCUGAAGCGGCCCCGCCUGGUCUGGACCGCGCAGCUCCACAAGAGGUUCAUCGACGUGGUCGCGCAUCUGGGGAUCAAGAACGCGGUGCCGAAAACCAUCAUGCAGCUGAUGAACGUGGAGGGGCUGACGAGGGAGAACGUCGCGAGCCAUCUCCAGAAGUACAGGCUCUACCGGAAGAGGAAGGAGGGGAUUCCCAACGAGGGGUCAUUCUCGUUCGACCAUUUGCCUCACGAGCCUCCGGCACAGAUGCCGAUGCCGUAUGGUAUGCCAUCGCCGCCGGUCCCGAUGCCGGUCUUCAGCAUCGCAUUCCACCCCGGGCAUAACGGUUCCAUGGAGAUGAUGCCGAUCGUUAACCACCACCAGGCUGCUGGGGCUUAUCAUGGAUUUGUUUCGCACCAUCCGAAUGGAGGAGUGAUUGGGGACCGGCAGGGGGACUGGUCUGCUGCGAACAAGUACGGUUCGAUUGUUUCGCAUCCUCGUGCUAUACCGAAUGAUAAGCAAAUGUGUUGAUGCUGGCCUCUGCUUCAGGUCCAAACAGGUGUCUUCUUAGACUGCUAUCGAGCCAUCUAUAUCAACUAACUAGUGUAAGGCAAUAAGCUCAAUCGAUUGCACUUUUGUAGGCUAGAUUUUAAGAACUGAUUUGCCAUAGGGAAGUCAAUUUAACGGAGACAUUGUUGCAUAACUAAUACCAACAAUCAACAUAACUAGAAACUGAAAAUACUUUGGGAUACAGAUAUAAAAGCCAACAAACCAUAUCUACUACUGCAACUACAAACAGACUAUUGUUGCAUCUCUUAUCUCGGUGGAGGGCAGAAGGUGAUCAGAUAUCGUGAUGCCCUGCACAUGUUCAGGCUUGAAGAGUCAUCAUAGGCAAAACUGUAAGCUCGAGGGCAUAUGGACUUGAAGAUAUGGGAGAAGAGCGUUGGCUUGCAACUCUUUGGAGAGCCAUAGUCCCCAGUGCAGCAGUACUUGUCUGUCUGCAGAGCCAAGCAUGCACUCUUGCAUCCCACCACCUUCCCCUGCUUAAUCACCGCAAACUUUGAAGGACAGCACACAUUCAAGUCCACCUCACAGCCUGCCAUACCGCAGCCGAUCCCUCCACCAAUGGGGGACAUUGUGACUGGAAGAUUGAAGCCAUCGACCAAGCUCACAUCAUAGUAGUGAAGGGGAGAAUUGGCAGUUCCAAAUGUCAUUUCAACAACCGUGCUGGGUGGCGUGCCACCUAUGCCCUUGCAAAGCAGUGCACCAUUGCAGUCCCCGGUGUCGCAGGAGCCUUUCCCUUGUUCAUCAAAGAAACAGCCUUUCCUGCCCCAUAUCCUGCCAGACCAUCCAGUGGGCACUGUAAAGACUGCUUCCUCGCCGGCACCGAGGUGGAAACCACCGUCUUCUGGGGUGGGGUUGCCGGUGCCGCCAAGAAUGCCGGGCCACACGCUGUGGUUGCAGUUGUUUACCACAAUGAGUUGGAUCUCACCUGCAACUGAGGAGAAACCCAAUGAGUUAGAUACUAUAGCUGCGAGCAUAUGAUCAAAGUUUUUGUUGAUCCGAGUCUUACAUGAUAGAGAAAUGGAGAGGCAGAGGCAGAGGAAGAAGAGAUGUGAGCUGGAAGCUGGCAUUUUUCUCCCUCUAUGAUUUUCUGAAGUCGUGGUAUGAUAUGGAUCUUAUAUUAGCUUGGAAGAAGAGGGAGAAGGUGGCGUGGGGAGAGUGGUGCCCUCUGAUUUCGUUACCAUGAAGCAUGCUACAACUGCCUAACGGUUUUAUAAAGUGGACAAGCAUGUUCCUAAUAGAUCGGUCUUCUAUAAUUUCGCUUGCUUUUCCUUUCGUUCUUUACUUAUUUAUUUUUAACUUUUCCCCCAGUUUUGAGCUUUGCAUAUAUUCCUUGCUUCAGGUUGGGUUUGCUAACACUUUGCUUCCCAGUAAUAGGAAGUAAAAGCCCAUGUAAAGAACUGAAAGGGAUAUUGAUCCCUUGCUUCAGGGGUUUUAAUAAUUCAUCUUGCUGUUGUCUGUUUCUUAAAUAUAUGUUCAUGCAUUGCUUU